AUGGUGCAAGGCUCCCAGGCUUCCAUUGUUAAGAUCGCCGGCGCCGGGUUCCGGCUCUCACUUCUUCUUAACGCUGCUGCGUGUCAACUCGCUCAAUCUAAAUUGGAAAUACACAGUAUUGCCAAGGGAAUCUCACUCUUCGCCCUGACACUCAAACAUGUCGGGCAGACUAUCGAAAGUACCGAUAUUGAUCGGUCUCUGGAGGCAAUAGAGAAAGCAUGGGAGAUUGCUGGCCAGGGCCAGAUGAUAUUCAUUGAAAUCGAACACAUGCUGGACAAGUUGAAGGCAACAGACAGAAAUGAGGAUCUCAUGAGACUCUCUCUACAAGAGAGGCUGAAGUGGUGUUUCCCAAAACAGCAUGUUACUUAUCUCCUAGCACACCUGGAAUCUCUCAAGCUCAGCCUGAUUGUAAUGCAGCGGAUCUUGCAGCUUGGCGAUGUGAUCAAAGCUAAUGUCGAUGAUGGGAUCGAUACCGAAUCUCUCAACUCCGCUUCAGACGACGCAGUCGCACAGGAGAAAGCAGAAUCUCAGAACAUGAUUAUUGUCCGAUAUUGGUCUGUCAAGCGUCUUGAUCGUUUGUGGGAUCUCGUGAAGCAGGAAGCUAUAGAUGCCGCGAAGGACCCAACAAAUCAGAAAAUUAAUGCAAACUACUCCAACCCAGCAUCCGCAGUGCAGCCUUUGGUUGCGGCGACCAGAUACUCAGAUCCGACCAGACUACCAGCUGUGACUUUUGGAGACAGCGAUGUAGGUCUCGGCGACAUGGAAAGAUCCACAAAGGACAUGGUCCAACUAUCCGAGAGCGCAAUGAACCGACUACUAUCAAUUUGGGUGCCUCUCAUCGACCCAUCCAGACUAUCAUCCCCCGCCAAAGGCCAAACCCCAUCAAACAAGGUAGUCCAACCUCGAGUCUACGUCUCCGACACAGAUGAAUAUUCCGACGAGCUAGACUUCGAUGGCCACGACGUUCGAGGCUACUAUCUAGAAGGUACAACGGACGACUGGCGAAAUCCUCACUCCCAAGAAGCCCGCCAGCACGCCGCAAAACUUCGCCAAGAAUACUCCAGGUACCAAGCGCACGUCGAAAGCGAACCAGAACCAGACCACCCAAAAGCUCGAGACGGCCAGAAAGGCUUCGAGUCAAGCGACGAAGAAAGAGACACACCCCGCCCACACCCAACAACCAGCCCAAUGAAUAUGCAUCGCCGCCCUCAUGCAAAUACCGUCUCAGGCUACCCUCCAGAUACCAGACACUAUCCCUACCCAAGCGGCAGCUUCCCACCAUCCCAGUCCCGACCAAACAAACCACUCAACUCGCCCACGAACUACAGAUACCCCGAGUACCAAACCCCACGCCCAAUCCUCAACCCAAACCAACCAGCCCAGCAAAAGCAACCAGUCCCCAUCCAAAUCCCAAGGCAGCAGCCGCCCAUCACCACCUCCCGCGGCCACUCCCCAAACCAGGUCCACUUCGAGCAUUGGAACAGACCAAACCACACCCUCCAGCCCCAUCAUCCGCCACAAUAUCUCUCCAGCUCCACACCAGAAUCAAGAAUCUCUCCGCCCCGCUCAGGUCAGCGCUCCCCGUCCCGCCAUCGCUCCCGCGAUGAUGCAAAGGACCGACAAGAUGCAAAGGAGCGACACAAAGCCUUGACGAGGAGCGCCACGCGUGGACUCGUCGGAAUCGGAGCCAUUGCCGGGUUCAUGGAUGCCUUGGAAGUGUUUUCUAUUUUGUGA